CACACUUUGAUUACGUUGGCACAGGAUCACGAUCAUUGUGGGAAAUAAUGAGAAUAGAUAUCCUACAUUGAACUACAUUGAAGCUAUAUUCUGUCUACUACUGAUGUAUAGCGUUUAUGGAGUAGGCUAGUUAGUAGGCGGAUAUGAGAAAUCACAUGGUCUCUCUUUUCCCUUUUUCCCUCACAAACACACCCACAGGCACACGCGGACGCACUAGAUUUAGGGCGCACUCGAACAAAAAGUUUACAAUGUUUCAGAAUGCAUCGAAGUCUAGAAUACAUUUGACAUAAUUUCUUUCUGGAUUUUGUUUAACUCUGUUCAUGACGUCUACGGGUAUUCUGUCGCUGGAUACGGAGGUACAUUCCACCACUACAACAAGAUUCCCUGAGCAAGCUGUCUUGCGGUGUGGCAGCACGGACUCCAAAGAGAGGUACUUUGACCGGGUGGAUGAGAGCGACCCUGAGUACCUCCGUAGCCGGAGCAUGUCCCCUGAAAUACGGCAGGACUUCAACAUGAUGGAGCAGAAGAAACGGGUCACGGAGAUCCUACAGAGUCCAGUUUUUAAGGAUGAGCUGGAAGGUCAGAUCCAGGAUCAGAUGACAAAGGGCAAUAGUCCAGCUGGACUUCUGGCUCUUAGGCAGAUAGCUGAUCUGAUCAUGGCCAGUUCCAUGGGCGGGACAGGCUCUUUAACAUCUCCCUUCACAGGCCUAGGGAUGGUCACCCCAGUCAAUGACCUCUAUGGGUUAGAGACCCCAUAUUUUACCAAAGGAGAGAAACAGAGUCGUUGUAAGCUGGCCAGUGUCUACAGACUGGUGGACCUCUUCAGCUGGGCCCAUCUCACCAGCUCAUACAUUACAGUCCGGGUUAGCAAAGAACAAGAUCAUGUUCUUAUCACCCCACAAGGACUCUCUUUCUCUGAAGUUACAGCAGGCAAUCUGGUUAAAGUGAACAUGCUUGGUGAUGUUGUCAACCAGGGAUCCACCUACCUGGAGGUGGACCGCUUUGGUUUCAGCCCUCACGCUGCUAUCUACUCCAUGCGUCCUGACAUUGGUUGCAUCAUACACAUCCACACUUCUGCCACCACUGCUGUGUCUUCAAUGAAAUGUGGCAUCCUGCCCAUCUCCCAAGAGGCUCUGGUUCUGGGUGAUAUUGCCUACUUCAGUUACCAAGGGUUUUUGGAUGAUCAAGACGAGAAGGUGAAGUUCCAGAAAGCCCUGGGGCCCACUGCCAAGGUGCUUGUUCUCACUAACCAUGGCCUGGUUGCUCUGGGGGAAACUACAGAGGAGGCCUUUCACUACAUUUACCAUGCACAGCAGGCUUGUGAAAUCCAGGUGAAUGCUCUGCGGUGCUCUGGAGGAGUAGAAAACCUGGUGGUCCUGGACAGAGAGAGGCUGAAACCUUUGACCCAUGGUGUGGUUGCUGCUGGGGUCACUGUGGCCGACGACAUCAAGUGGAAAGUGGGAGAGGCGGAGUUUGAGUCACUCAUGAGGAUGAUGGACAACCUGGGUUACCGAACUGGCUAUGCAUACCACCACCCCAUAGUGAGAGAAAAGAUUCGGACCAAAAAUGAUGUGGAGAUUCCUGCCACGGUCUAUACUGUCCCAUCUGAGGAGAGUCAUCUAGGUCAAAGAAAGCCAAUAAACCUUGUGGUACAGAAACAGCAGAGGGAGAGGACCCGCUGGCUAAACUCUCCAAACAGCUACCUGAAGGUCAAUGUGCCUGAACACUCACCAAGCGGAGAAUGCAGCCCCAGGACCAAGACCAUAUGGAUGAAAUCAGAAGAGACCAGCAAUGGGACUGGCACCCCCAUAAAGAUUGAGGACCCCAACCAGUUUGUUCCCCUGAACACAAACCCCACUGAUGUAUUGGAGAAGAGGAACCGGAUACGUCAACUGAACACAGUUGAUCACAAGACUCCAGGACCAAAGUCACAUCUUCUAGCUGGCAUUGUUGUGGAUACCGUACCAGGACCAGCGUUCAUCAUUGAGGAUGAGGAGCAGACACGCUCUCUUCCCCCCAACCCAUUCAGUGUGCUGACGGAGAAGGUACUAGAAGAGUAUAAAAGCAUUGUGGAGCGUAGGCAGCUGGUCCAGGAUGAUGCGGAUGAUGUCACAGACGCCGAUGAGAUGACAACAUUUGAUGAUUCCACUAUCUCACUGUCCCUGUCUCCACUCAUGUCUCCAGCCAAAGUGAUUAUACCCAAUGGGAACGAUUAUAUGGAAGAACUAGAGGAGAAACUGAACAUCAAGUUAUCCAAACUCAAUGUCAACACCACAGAAGAGGUUGAAAUCUCCAUAACAACCUCAGGUAAAUCAGACGGAGACAAGACCCCUGACAGCCAAACCAAGUCUCCCAAGAAAAAGAAAAAGAAGUUUCGCACUCCCUCCUUCCUAAAAAUAAAUAAAAAGAAGGAGAAAUCUGAGUCCUGAGACACUGAACAAAGACCGGUCGGCUUGUUUUAGGUCAGCUUGUUUGAUAUAAUAUCACAGGAUGAGAUGCAUUCCAUAGAGAUUAAAUAAGAAUCACUAAGAUCUUAACAGAUCUCCAGCUUUUAGGGGGAGUAACUUUGACUAUAAGCUUGUGUAGCAGCCAAUAAUGUAAUAACUACAGUUAAUGUAAUAACUGUCAAUAAUGUAAUACAUUUUCCAUUUUUAUUGUAAUAGUCAAUAAUGAGUCAAUAAUGUAAUAACUUACCAAUAAUGUAAUAACAUUUCUGAACCAAUAACGUAAAACAUUUUGCCCAUAAUGUAUGAGGUUAUUACAUUACUGGCUGGGAUAAUAAAAUAUAAUGAAAAUUCUAAUAAUUUGAACUAAUAAUUUAAUAAUAUACUUAUAUCACUGUGUUUAAGUUGUAUAUAUUAAGUGUCAAAAUUCGAUAACACUUUCCCUUACUGUUGCAGAACCCUGACCCCUGAUUCUUAGUCCUAACUCAGAGAAAACACACACCUCUUUCUCCUUGAAUAGAUAUUUCAAUAAAAAAUAAAAAAAAGUAUAGCUUAAUGCAUUGCUUUUCCUGGACUCCUUCAUUUUCAAUGGUACAAAUAGUAAUUUUUGUUAUAUUCUGUAAAAUGCCAUAUUUAAUUAUGAAAACACUGGAGGCAAGUAACCUAGAGACCCUAUCUAAUGGCAAUACAUAAAAAAGAGAGAAUAUCAGGGGGUUCAAUCUUAGGUAGCUUAUAACUAGGUAUCUAGUAAUCAGAUUGUUGUCACUCAUUUUCUCCAUGGUCAUUUGUUUUUGUCAUAAACAGAGGGACAUCAUGGUGGUAGAUGAUCGUACAUCCAUCUGAUGUUCGAAGGCUAUUUGCAAAUGUGGAUAAGGUUUUACAUGACUUCAUGCUGUCAGACAUUUCUAUCUUUGUUAGGAAUGUUGCUUAGAACAAACGUAUAGUUUGAAAUGGUCAUAAAUCCUAAAAUGACAAAAUGUUGUAAAACAGCAUGCAACUAACUGAGUUAGAACUAAGGUUUUUGAUCAGCUAUUUGAAAGAACCAACAGUAAGGGUAAGUGUUAUGGAAUGGAAGUCUGACACUUAAUAAAUAAAAUUCAAAUACACUGUGAUUAGACAGACAUCAUUGGCUCCAAUUAUUACAAUUUUCAUUAUUUUUUAUUAACCCAGCCAAUAAUGUAAUAGCAUUAUGGGCAAAAGUUAUUAGGUUAUUGGUUCAGAAAAGUUAUUACAUUAUUGACUUUGAUUACAUUAAGAAUGGAAAAUGUAUUACGUUAUUGGCAGUUAUUACAUUAACGGUAGUUAAUACAUUAUUGGUUGCUACAGCUUGUUAUUACCAUAUCCUGAUUACACAAUCCCUUAUCAGAGCUCCUCAGAUGAGCAUUAGACAUGAUGGUUUCAUCAUGUAGUUUAUGAAGUGCAUUGUUCUUAGUACCUACUUUUCCCAAUUCAUCAUUGUGUAAUCCAAACAAAUUAUAAUAUAUAGUAACGGAACCUUUUUUUCAAGAUAAAACAUCUCAUUGUUGAAACGUAGGCCAUAGUUGAAGGUAAGACAUGUGAAGGUUAUGAGGCGGUGUCAAGGGAAUGUUGUAUUUUGGUGCCUGGAUAUAUUGAAUUUAUUGUAUGUUACAAGGUGGGCCGUGGGCAAGAUCUAUCCCAUGAGUGAUUUAUUUUGCCCCCCUCCCCCCAUUUGUUGGUAUCAAAUACAUUUGAAUAAAAGGAUCUUGUCUGAAUUUGAUCAAAACCCAAACUUAUUGUUAUUUUCAAUUCAUGUUUUGGCUUAGUUGUCGUCAAUUUGCAAUGUACAAAUAAUUGCUUAUAGUAAAUUUCCUGCCCCAACCAUCCAUAUAAAUCGCCAUAUGACUAAAUCUAGUUGCCUACUCCUGGUAUACUAGCUCAAGCCUUAAGAAGCUGUUUUCAUUUCAUUUUUAUUAGUAGGCUAUGCAUUGUAGAAUGGUUUGAUUCUUCAGUAUUCGGUUAACAUAUACUACAGUGCAUAUGUGUAAUUAUUAAUUGUAUUAUCAAUCAUACUUUUAUUAAUGCAAGACAGAACUCUGCAUCUAUUAUUGAUAACAGUGACAUUAUUUUCCCCUUGCUGCUUAUUCUUUUUUGUGACAAGAUGGAGUGACAUUGUCAUUGAAAAUUCCAUUGCUCACCUUAAUAUUUCUGAAUGUUUUAGCCCAUUCACCAAAAUGUUGUCAUGGAUAUCACAUCAAUGAGAGCUAAAUUGCUAAUUUAAGGACAUGAGAUUGGCUUAAAAAGACUUUGAAAUGUAAUAUGAAUGUAGUGUGUAUGUGAAAGAUUUGUUGACACUAUUGUGAUAGAUAGAUUUGAGUUGAUUGGGCAAAACCAAUUAAAUGCUUGACGGAUGCCUCUCACAUUUUUCCAAAAAAAUAUAUUUAAAGAAAGAAAUGCAAUAUAAAAAAUAACUAUCCUGCAUAGCUUGAAUUCUGUCUAUAAAUAAAGGUAAAAUAAAAUACAAAAUAUCCUUCCAGUAAAGAGCUAAAACUUGUCACAUUAAGGCUGAAUGUUGCCUAUUUUUUCCUCCCCAAAAAAUGGCCGAACCUAUUCAGGUAAUGAACUUAAGUCACUGUAAUUUUCACUGGAGUCCAGGUUUGCUUUUAUUCACCCAAUCACCUAAAAAAGGACAUUUGUUAAAAAUGUAAUUCAAUGUUUUUAGCCUUCUGAAAAUCAGUUGUAAUGUUAUGAACUAGUUUACCGGAUCCAGGGCCGGUUCAAAGAAUAAGCGACAGCUAGGGCCCCAUCCCCUACGGAGCUUCUGAACCCUAUAGGAGAGGAAAGAUUUGCCCCAAUUUUGCUUAGAGCCCCCAAAAGGCCAGAGCCAGCACUGACCGGACCUAAAGACAUGAAUAUCCACCAACUAUACAAAUUAACAAUUUGGUUCAUCCCAUUUAGCAAUGUGAAUGAUCUCUUCAGCCCAAAGGGAGCAACAUGGUUUUCCUCUGUAAAUAUUAUGUUUUGUUAAGCUGUUAAACCUGCAAUACUGAAAUGAAAGUUGGUCAAUUUGUAAUGUUUGCUUUAAAAAUAGUACGUUUUGAUGCUCAUUAGUUUAUGCUCUGAAGUGUAACAGGAAUAACUGAAUUGAAUAUAUCCUGUAUAUUAUUCUGUUUAGCUUCCCAUUAUGUAACCUACAUUACUAAUGCUUAUUGUCCCUCAAUGUUUGUUGCAAUUGCUUUUGUAUUGACUGAGGUUUUAUGAUAUAAGUUGUGAUCUGUUUAGCAGCUUAAUGGCAUUUUAUUACAUUCCUAAUGAAAUAGCAUUUCACCAAAUAUAAUAAUAAAACAAUUAUUUUACCAAGCCCCAUUGUUGCUUUAAUCAUA